AUAAACAUCAUCAGAGACCCGACCCGAACGGUCCUAGGGUUAUUAUUUUGGCGCCAAAACCAAAAACACGCACUCAAACCAUUUCGAAUUAUCGAUCGGAAAUGUCUACAGUCUUCAUCGCCGUUCAAUGCUUCCAAUGCUCCACCAUGCAGGUAAAACAGAGGAAGAAAAGCAGCAACAAAUGGACCUGCGUCGUCUGCAACGCCAAACAAUCCGUUCGAAAGGUGUUUUCGCAAGCAUUCAUGGCGAAAGACGUUCGCAAAUUCGUGCAGACCUUCAACAUGUCGCGUCAGUUCGUUGAACAGCAGCAGGAGCUGCGAGAACAACAAACCCUAGGUCACGACCACACUGAAGUUCAAGUUCAUCAACCGAGUAACAAACGCACUGACUGGAGCGAGUAUGUUGACGUUGAGGUUAAUGAGUUUGGAUCCGGUGAUGAUGAAGGGGAGCUGUGUGAGCCAAAUUUUGUGACAGAGUUGCCAAAACCACUGUUUAAGAAGCCAAAAUUGAGGAAUAACUACUCUGCUGAUUGUGAAAAUGGGGAAAACCUUCAAAGGCCAGUUUUUCAAAAGAGAAACACGAAGAAGAACGUCAAUAAUCCAGGCAAGGAGCCCGGAACAAUUGGGAAAGGAAGGUUUGGUGAGAAUCAACAUAAAGAUGAUACUGUUGACCAUUGUUCUGUGUACGGAACAUCAAGUUCAACGAGGACGGAUAUAAUGAAACGAAGUUCAAAGUGGGGUUCCUGUGAUGAUGAUGGUGAUCGUGGUUUCACAGAUACUGGAUCAAGUUCUGUGAUGGCAAAACUGAAGAGACCAGUUUCAAAAUGGAAUAACUUCAUUGAUGAUGAUGAUGAUGAUGAUGAUGAUGAUGAUGAAAGCAGAUGUGAAGACAUCGUUAAUGAUGCUGCAUUUGAGACAAAGGUAAGCGAUGAGAUUGUUGAAGAUGAUGUUCAUCCUGAUUUCAUGUGAAUUAUAGCAUGUUUUGAGUAAAUAAAACUUUAACUGGGAACUGUAAUCGAGUCAUAGUUUGUUUGACCAUGAAAGUCAACCUGUCAAAAGAGAUUACAGAACAUGUUAAUCUGUGAGAAGUUAUAAUCCAUCCAUGAUUGCAGCUCCAUCAAGCAUAGUUAAACAAGGUUGUGUUUUGUUCUGGCAUGAAA